CAUAUAUAAAUAUAUAUUUUUAAAUUACGAGGUUUAGCCAUCGAGAGUCUACACUGUAAACUUUUCUCAGUUUCUCUUCCCGGUGACAUAUGUAGCAAUCUUGUAUGCAUAUACAGAAUAACAGAGUCUCUUGCACGCAAUAUACACUGUUUAUUUUUUUGUUUUGACCCCCAUACAAGAAAAGAUGUUACUCAUCUAGUCCGAUUCUAAAUUUUACUUGGCCCAUUUUGGCACUCAAAUCCUUAAGAAAUAGAUCAGAGUAAGUAAGACCGACCAAGGAAGAAGAUGGACAAGACAGUUUUGGAAGCCGCAAAAUCAGGAGAUGAAAGCCUUAUUCAAGAACUAAAGGAACAUAAGAUUGAUCCUCACCAAGUCACAACCCAGAUUAUGAACACCAUUCUUCACAUUUCUGUGAGUUUCAAUCAAACGGGAGUUUCAAAAGGAGUUCUUCGCUUAUGUCCAUUUCUCCUUUACCAAGCAAAUUCUAAUGGCGACACUCCUUUGCAUAUAGCAGCAAAAGUUGGGAGCCUAGAAAUGGUUGAACUUCUUGUCAUGGGAGUAUCCAAUAAUGACAUGGAAAGCCAGUUACACGCUGAUCUUUUAAGGAUGAAGAACUUGAACCAAAGAGACACCGCUUUACAUGUUGCUGUGAAAAACGGCAACUUUGCUGUUGCAAAGCUGCUGAUGGAAAAAGAUGCAGGGCUGUUGGAUUUGGUGAAUGGAGCUAAUGAAUCUCCACUUUUCCUUGCUGUUGAAGGGUCUUUUCUAGACAUUGCACAACACAUUUUACAACAUUUUCCUUCAGCUCCUUGCUGUGGCUCCAAUGGAAUGAAUGCUUUGCAUGCUGCAGUGAUUCGUACCCAUCAUGGUCAAGUGUUUGAAUAUCGAGCUCCUGCCUUAUCUCUGGAGAAACUUAGGAGGCAGCUAAGUGGCUUUCUUUUGCGUGCAGGAGAUCAGUGCGUUCACACAGGAGAUAAGGCUUACCUCCAGCUAACACAAAUAGACAUAAUGAAGAAACUGCUUGAAAAUAGAAGAGAGCUUGCAGAAGAAAAAGAUGAAUUUGACUGGACUCCUCUUCACUGUGCAGCACAUCUUGGUCACGUUGGAGCAGCUCAACUUUUACUUUCAAAUUCUUCUACUUGCAUUGCAUACUUUCAGGACAAGGAAGGCAUGUCUGCUUUGCACAUUGCAGCCAUGGAAGGCCAUGUCAAUUUAAUGGAAGAAAUUUUGCAUCACUGUCCAGAUGCUUUUGACAUGGUUGACGAAAGAGGCUGGACUCCUCUUCAUGUAGCAGUUGCAAACAAAAAGCUUAGCGUGGUUCAGUAUAUACUGAAGAGUCCUUUUCUUAAGAACCUCAUCAAUGUAGCUGAUAAAGAAGGGAAUACUCCACUGCAUCUGGCUGCUGGAGGUGACAAGUACAGCAUUAUAAAAAUCCUUGCGGAUGAUAUCAUGGUUUUCAAGAAGGCUCAAAAUCUUAAUUUUCAAAAGCCUAUUGACUUGAUUCGAACUAAUCCGAAUAUGGGUGAACUUCGUAAGUCUUUGAUCGCAAAGAAGUUGGAGAAACAGGGCGGCCGACCAAGUCUGCGAUCACUUGUCCAUGGAAAGGAAUAUGGGAACGUAAUAAAGAAGAAAUUCAAAAACAUAGUGGGAUAUAAAAGAGCAACACAUGAUGAUCAUGAUCAGGCAGAAGAAGUUGGUCGUGAACAUCAGGACAAAGACAUGAAAUCUUAUAGACUGAAGAAUAUAUCCAGCAUUCAUCUACUGGUAGCGUCUCUUAUUGCAACAGUAACUUUCACAGCAGGUUUUACAAUGCCUGGAGGGUAUGAAGAUCAAGACCCUUUGAAAAAAGGCAUGGCAUUGUUAUCUAACCAGACAUCUUUCCAAUUGUUUGUGAUAGCAGAUUCCAUAGCCUUUUACUGCUCAUCUGCGUCGGUUUUCUUACAAUUUUGUGGUGCCGUAGAACAUGACUAUUAUCUUCUUUUGCGUUUUACGAGGGUUGCAGCAACUCUCACUUAUAUUUCUAGCCUUGGAAUGGUAGUGGCUUUUACUUCGGCAAUGUAUGCAGUUAUGCCGCACUCAAAGCUAGCCGAUUAUACUUUGGUUUCGGGCAUCUGCUGUGUAUUUGUAUAUAUCUUUGGGUUUUUGUAG